AUGUGGUCGAUUAUCUGGCAACAUGGAUGUGGAACAACGGAAAGUGGAGACGAUCUCUUCCACAAACCAGGGUAUCCCAAUGCAUUUGCGUGUGCCCCACCAGCCACAGUUUUUAGGACAACCUGCGCAGCCCUAGCUCCAGCUCAAUCUGGCGGGCGGCCUACGAGAGGCCACUCAUGUACCCCCAAGCAAAGAAAUCUCGUCUUUCCGAGCUCGUCAAUUUGGAGUUUAGUUCUUCGAAGUCAGGUUAUCAACAUAUGCCCUGAUGGCUCUUUUGAUGACGACUGGCCGUUAUACCUUAAAGACGAAGCCAGCCGUAUUGAUCUGCGGCCGUCUCUCCCCAAGGACUUUGCGGACAUUGAGAAAGUCGUUGAAGAAUACAACAAGAGAAAACGGACAUCGAUUCGAUACUUUCAAGCACGUCCUCAAAAGGUAUCGCUGGGAUCAACGCAUCGCAUUGUGCAGGCCUACCAAACCCAACGAGAAGUGAGCUACGACCGAAACAUGCAACGGUUCGCGUUCGUCUCGUCCGAUCAGGGCACAUCUUCAUCGACGUCCAAAAAGCGCAAUACGAGGAAGACAUACUGGAUGAGUUGA